AUGGUGUCACCAAAGGAUGUCGUACGUCUCGAGUUACCUUAUCUCGUUCCCAGUCUCGAAAUUGGCACUGUAAUACUAACAACCUCGUAUACUCAAGCCCCUCAUGAAGUCAUCCGGCCUGUCAUUGAGGAUCUUGUGCAGCGAGGCUAUAACAAUAAUGACAUUGUUCUGGAGUUGCGAGAUCAUUAUGAUAUGGAUAGGUAUAAUGUUAGCGUUCCCUUGCUCAAAAAGCUGCGGAGCCAAUGGCAGAUACGGUCAGCUCGUGGAAAGGGACAUACUGUGAACAGCAUCGGUCCUGCAGUUGAGCGUGUGCGAGCAAAAUAUCCAACAAUGGGCUCCCAUGAGAUGAAGAGAGUCCUGUUGGCUGAUGAGGAAGUCGAUGUCAGCAGGCCAAAAAUCUUGGACUAUAUGCACAUCCAUCAUCAUCAGGAAGUUCUCGCCCGCAAGUCUCAUGUGCUGAAACGUAAGACGUUCUGGUGCGCUGGAGUCAAUGACCUCUGGGUUAUGGACCAGCACGACAAGUGGCGGAAGUAUCAGCUCUUCUGUCACGUUGGACUUGAGCCCUUCUCUGGAACUUGUCUCUGGCUGAAAGUGUGGUGGACAAACCGCAAUCCCCGUCUUAUUACCGGCUACUAUGCUGAGACAAUCAAGAACGUAAAUUAUGAAAUGCCACUCCUGACUCAAAGCGACGCUGGAACGGAGAACUUUGGGGUCGCCAACGUCCACACUAUUCUUCGCCACCGCCAAGAUCCCGCCCUUUCUGCGUCUCUUCAGCAUAAGUUCAUGGUCAACAAUAAGAAUAUCAAGCCUGAGGUUUUCUGGGGCAUGUUUCGGAGAAACUGGACACCAGGGUACGAGGAUGUGUUCGAGUAUGGAUUGGUACAUGGAUUGUAUGAUCCCGAUAACAUGAUGGAACGGACUGUAUUCCACUACUUGAGCAUCCCUUGGCUACAGAAGGAACUCGACAACUAUCGCAAGCGAUUCAACGACACUAAAAGACGCUACCACAAGCACAAGGUCCUCCCCCAUGGCCGCCCAAAUACGAUAUAUAACAGGCCACGCAGGUUCCAGACUGAGAAUUUUGGGGUCAAGGUGGACCCCGAGCUAUUGGACGAGGUUCGGGAGGCCCAUGCCCCUUCAAAUCACUAUGUCUUCGAUCUUGUCCCUCCAGAGGUUGAUGCGUACGCACGAGAGUUCAUGGAGCAUAUGGGAUGGCCAGAGGUAAACCGAGACAGUUUCUGGGAUAUUUACAGCGAGUUACUGGGCUACUUUGAGGCCCUAGAGGGCGAAGAGAACCUUGAGGUGGCGCUCACUGAGCGAGCAGCAGAGCCAUGUCCACCACAAGGCUUCACACAGGAGGAUCAUCAGUUUGUCCCCGUUCUCCCAAACCUGAAACCAGCUCGGAUUGCCCAAGGAUCGGCCUUAACAUCAGAGGGUGGUGUAGACGCCGAGGUGCAGGACAUGAAGGGGUCAGGCUCAGGAUCGGACACGGACUCGGAAUAUGACGAGGUGCCGUUGAAGGAAGUUGUCGCGGUAUAUUCUUCAGACGACUCUGAAGACUCAGGGGUUGUCUUUAGUGACUAG